CUGACUUCCCGUGGUGAGGUCAACAACAUAUAAGGAAGGGGCAUGAAGGUCUGAUUGAGUGACCCUACCUUUACGUCGAGCUUUCUCCUAACAUCUGAUUCGGACCUCACCUUUGCGCAAACGGUGUCCCGCGCAACACCACUCACUCGUCUCCUCAACGAGAGCUGGUACUUCCUCUCUGCCACAACCAUGGCGUCCUUCUCGCAGCAGGGUUCUUCUGCUGAGCGUGGCGACAAGUUCAAGCCUUUCAAAAGCUUCUCAACGCCCGUCGAUGACUCAAAGACACCUCCCAAGGGCACCGUCCAGGGCAGUAUAUGGAACUUUCUCCGUUUUCUUUUCAGGACAUGGGGCGACGCUUUCAUGUCAGUACCGCACAGUUGGACCGACCCCACGGUCAUCUGGACUACCUUCCUUUACGCAAGGACGACCACUGUUAUUCUCUUUUUCGUUCUCGUCCUCGAUGUCGCCAUUAAGCUUCCCCGUGGUCGGCGCCUCUAUGAAAAAUUGACCGAGAACAAACUGGGCUUAACGCUUGUAAAUUCUUGCUACCCUGAGAUUUUUACCCAUUUGCAAGAAGAGGUCAGCAACGCAGCCUUCACGACGAUGUCAAAGAGACGAGCGGAGAACAAGAGCACGACGUACGAUCGCAACUUUGACCUGGAUGUUGCCAAAUUGCUUCUGGUUAUAUCGGCGCUCAUGUACGAGCGCCAAAGGCCCUUUCCUGUGAACAGCGACGACCCAAACGCUAUCAUCUGUGACCACUUCGUUGCUGACAUCGCCCAAAAAUAUGGCCUCAAAUACGAGCCGGUCACCAAUGUGGGAAGCAACAGCAGUGCCAUCUGUGGUGCAUUUUUUUCGCUCAAUCACAACUUCAUCAUCCUCGCCUUCAAAGGAACUCAACCCGACGAUUUCAAUGAAUGGGCGACCGACUUCAGCUGCGACUGGGCGGUGGCCCCCGAGUUCCUUCGUGGCUAUAGUCGUGUUCACCGUGGCUUCUACGAGGCCUUGUUUCCUUCGAGACUUGAAAAAGAUAAGCUACCAUACGAUGUUAUUCGUCUCACCCUCGUCGAAAUUGCUCAAAGGAUCAGGUUCGGCCGCCCUCAGACUCCUCCUACUAGCGACGGCGGCGACUCUCCGGCCAGCAACAGGGGCCUCACUGAGGUCCAUCCUAUCAAUGUCUUUGUAACGGGCCACUCCUUAGGCACAGCCACGGCGUCAAUGUUCUAUGCACGCGCCAUCCAGCGUCCUGGCGAUCUAGGACCUCCCGGCCUGAUCGAACUGAACGAUGCUUACUUAUUCGCUACGCCUAUCACUGUCGAUGUUACUUCACAUGCCGUCUUCAAUGGCGACAUGCAUCCCAAUUCGGAUGAGCCUCCCAGGACGCUCUGGCGUAUUACCAACAAGCGUGACAUUGUCGCCACGGGCCUGCCUUGCUUUGGUGAACGGGAGAUUUUCUCAUCGGCCAGUGCCCCCAAUUCCAGGCUCAAUUUCUGCCAUCUGGGGCAGGAAAUCCAGAUGCGUGAUGCACCGGAGCUGUCCGAGCAGGGUCCCGGCACCCAACUUCGUGGAGGAUCCCGCGUCAGGAUCGUCAGCAGCUUGGCCUCGCAGCCGCUGGGCAUCAACUUCAAAGACUACAAAGGAGGGUGGGGCGUCUUUUUGCGCUACGGAGAGUAUAUUCCCUUUUUCGGUCGCAUGGCACAGCACUGUCCCGUUUUCUACCUCCGUUCGCUCAGCCAUAUGAGGAUAACUUGGGAGAACGAAUCGCUGAAAGAGGUUCCUUUCCAUUGGUGA